AUGGUGGGCCUGUGGAGAUCCUACCGGGCUCUGAUGACCAGGCAUCCAUGGACUUUCCAGAUAAUCACAGCGGGCACACUGGUGGGGGUGGGUGAUGUCAUCUCCCAGCAGGUGCUUGAGAGGCGGGGUCUAACCAAUCACAACGUGACACGGAUGGCCAAGAUGAUGAGAAUCGGAUUCUUCUUCGUCGGCACUGUAUUAGGUGGAUGGUACAAGGUUCUGGACAAGCUGGUCACUGGGGGGACCAAAAGUGCCUCCAUCAAAAAAAUGCUUACAGAUAAAACAGUGUUUGUUCUUGUCAUGUAUCAACAGGUGGGCUUUGCUCCGUGUUUCCUGGGUGCCUUCCUGGGGAUCUCUAGAACUUUGAAUGGACUGACUGUGGAAGGAGAACAUUGCCAAUACCGCAGAGACUACAUGGAUGCUUUGAUCUCAAAUUACUACCUAUGGCCUCCAGUCCAGAUUGCCAACUUCUUUUCAUCCCACUGCACCAUAGAUUGGCUGUGGUCCAGAUUGUAA